ACCAUCUUCUCUCCAAGUUAAAAGCUGUGGAAGCUAUUCAGGAAAGGAAUACUUGUCUGCAAGAGGAAAUCACUUCGCUGAGAAAUACGCUUGGAUACAUGAAAGGAAAUGAGCCAGCGCUCUAUCAGCUGCCCACUGCUCCAGUCCAUUUCCAGCAUAUUUCAGAGUCUAAAACCAGCAUCACUGCCAAGCCUUCCGAGAAAUUCGUAUUUUCCCGGUUCACAGAGUCCACGUCCACGGUCACUCUUCUUCGUGGCAGAUCUUCGUCUAGGAUGGUCCGAUUCCCUAUAUCUUCUCUCGUGACGGUGGACAAAUCUUUAGCUGCUCCCACCCCCAGCUCCACUCUACCACAACCACAGUAUCUUUCUUGCUCUGACGCCCCUGACAACGAAGAACUUGGAAAAGGUCAGGAUUAUAUGACAACAUUGUUUGGUGACACUAAGAAGAGCAACAACGAACUGAUGGAGAAAACCAGACGGUCUCAAAUUCCAACCGACUACUACAGCUCAUCAUCAUCCAGUGUUGGGAAUCUUAAAAUUACUGAAGUUCAUUUUAGUGGCCAUUAUGUGAAGAUAAUUAAUAAUUCCUCUGAUAAAGAAGAAAGCAUCGGAGAUUAUACUCUUCAGCAGAAUAUUAAUGGCCACCCAGCAGCCAUUUUUAGAUUCCCCCCCAACAUCAGAAUGAAGCCGAAAUCCUGUGUGACGGUCUGGUCCAGGGAUUCUAAGAGGCCUCACAAUCCUCCCUCGGAUUAUCUCUGGAAGGAGCUGGACAGGUUUCAAUCAGGCUCUGAAUGCACCACCAUCCUUUGCAAUCUUUCCGGGCAGGCCGUGGCUUGGUACACGCCCAUCAACUGGAAGAAGAAGUCACUGAAGGUGAUGGAAUCAGAUGCGAGAGUCAGCAGCAAAUCCCUGCAGGCGGUUAGAAGAGCCCAGGCCCAACCAAAAGAGGACCAGUGGGAAGCGAGAGCGUUUGACACGUGGCAAGCGAUGCCCAAUCAAAGCCAUCUGACGGAACCCGAACCAGAUUACAUCCUAAGAGAAAAAAGGAUGCCCCCCAUCCGACGCCCUGUUCAGAAUUCGUGGUGUCAAAGUCCGAGUUCUCCCACGCACCCCCAUUAUUCUCUGGGGAGGACCCUCCCGCCAGGCAGCAAGGAAAUCCACAUGUUGAGCCAAACCAGGACGCAGGCAGUGAAAACUUUCCCCACUCUUGACAGUUCCUACUCUGGGGAAGGUUACAAGAUAAGGCUAGUCACUGCAGACCAGAACAAGAAAAAACGAAUACAGCCACCACGAUCAGCUGGGGUUGUCCUCAGGUCAAUGUAACAGAUGACGGACAGACAUGAAAGAAAGGAGAAGGAAAGAGACACCCUCAGUAGAGAAUGGCAACGCAGACAGGAAGGAACGGCAUGGCCAUCGCCGACACUGGAGCGGCUUCCUUCGCCGAACGGAAAAACGGCUGGUUGCAGCCCUUUGUAUAAACAGUCUCAGCUCAGCACCUCAAAAUGAAUAAAUGUAAAAUAUGCAUGAGGUUCGUGAUGCAAAGCUUGGGAGAGAUGACCGCGUGAUUUCCAGGUUGAUCCCUGGGAGCAAUGCCCAGAGGCACGAAGCUGAAGCCUGAAGAUG